UCGGAGUUUCCGGGGGGACCGCAUUCCGCGUCGCACCGCCGCGCUCCGGUACCGGCGCGGAGGCCCUGAAGAUGGCGGCGGGCGGCGGAGGGCGGCGCUGAGCGCGGCGGCGCGGCCAUGGAGGGCGGCGGGGCCCAGCCCAGCCUGCAGCUGGUGUACCAGGCCGUGCAGGCCCUCUACCACGACCCCGACCCCAGCGGCAAGGAGCGGGCCAGCUGCUGGCUGGGCGAGCUGCAGCGCUCGGUGCACGCCUGGGAGAUCUCAGACCAGCUCCUGCAGAUCAGGCAGGAUGUGGAGUCGUGCUACUUUGCAGCACAGACGAUGAAGAUGAAGAUCCAGACCUCAUUCUACGAGCUGCCCACCGACUCGCACGCGUCCCUGCGUGAUUCUUUGCUGUCCCACAUCCAGAACUUGAAGGAUCUCUCGCCGGUCAUCGUCACCCAGCUCGCUUUAGCAAUAGCAGACCUCGCCCUGCAGAUGGCUUCUUGGAAGGGCUGCGUGCAGACGCUGGUCGAAAAGUACAGCAAUGAUGUCACCUCACUGCCCUUCCUGCUGGAAAUCCUCACGGUGCUGCCCGAGGAGGUGCACAGCCGCUCGCUGCGCAUCGGGGCCAACCGCCGCACCGAGAUCAUCGAGGACUUGGCCUACUACUCCAGCACUGUUGUCUCACUGCUGAUGACGUGUGUGGAGAAAGCAGGCAACGAUGAGAAGAUGCUCAUCAAAAUCUUCCGGUGCCUGGGGAGUUGGUUCAACCUGGGGGUCCUGGACAGCACCUUCAUGGCCAACAGCAAGUUGCUGUCGCUCCUUUUUGAGGUGCUGCAACAAGACAAGACUUCCUCCAACCUGCACGAGGCCGCCUCAGACUGCGUCUGCUCGGCGCUUUACGCCAUUGAGAAUGUGGAGACCAACUUGCCCCUGGCCCUGCAGCUCUUCCAGGGGGUCCUUACCCUUGAGAGUGCCUACCAUAUGGCCGUGGCACGAGAGGACCUGGACAAGGUGCUCAACUACUGCCGCGUGUUCACCGAGCUCUGUGAGACCUUCCUGGACAAGAUUGUCUGCACGCCGGGCCAGGGGCUGGGCGACCUGCGGACGCUGGAGCUGCUGCUGAUCUGUGCAGGGCACCCGCAGUACGAGGUGGUCGAAAUCUCCUUUAACUUCUGGUACCGCCUGGGGGAGCACCUGUACAAGACGGAGGAUGCCGUCAUCCAUAGCAUCUUCAAAGCCUACAUCCAACGCCUGCUGCACGCCCUGGCCCGGCACUGCCAGCUCGACUCAGACCACGAGGGCGUCCCAGAGGAGACAGAUGACUUCGGCGAGUUCCGGAUGCGCGUCUCAGACCUGGUCAAGGACCUCAUCUUCCUGGUGGGCUCGGUGGAGUGCUUCGCACAGCUCUAUGCAACACUGAAAGAUGGCAAUCCACCCUGGGAGGUGACGGAGGCUGUCCUCUUCAUCAUGGCCUCCAUCGCCAAGAGCGUUGACCAGGAGAACAACCCGACGCUGGUGGAGGUUCUGGAGGGAGUGGUGCGUCUCCCUGAGACGGUGCACACGGCCGUGCGCUACACCAGCAUCGAGCUGGUGGGCGAGAUGAGCGAAGUGGUGGACAGGAACCCACAGUUCCUGGACCCUGUGCUGGGCUACCUGAUGAAGGGGCUGUGUGACCGGCGGUUGGCUUCGGCCGCAGCCAAGGCCAUCCACAACAUCUGCUCGGUGUGCCGCGACCACAUGGCGCAGCACUUCACCGGGCUGCUGGAGAUCGCCCGCUCCCUCGACUCCUUCACGUUGUCCCCGGAGGCUGCAGUUGGGCUCCUCAAGGGGACGGCGUUGGUCCUCGCCAGGCUGCCCCUGGAGAAGAUCGCUGAGUGCCUGAGCGAGCUGUGCGCCGUGCAAGUGCUCGCCCUGAAGAAGCUGCUCUCACAGGAGCCGAGCAACGGGCUCUCCUCCGACCCCACUGUGCCCCUGGACCGCCUUGCUGUCAUCUUCAGGCACACCAACCCCAUUGUGGAGAACGGGCAGAUCCACCCGUGCCAAAAAGUCAUCCAGGAGAUCUGGCCCGUGCUUUCUGAAACCCUGAACAAGCACAGCGCCGAUAACCGCAUCGUGGAGCGCUGCUGCCGCUGCCUGCGCUUCGCCGUGCGCUGCGUGGGGAAGGGCUCUGCUGCACUGCUGCAGCCCCUGGUCACACAGGUUUCGUGGUACCGGGCGCACCAGCACUCGUGCUUCCUGUACCUGGGCAGCAUCCUGGUGGAUGAGUAUGGGAUGGAGGAGGGCUGUCGGCAGGGGCUGCUCGACAUGCUGCAGGCUCUCUGCAUCCCCACCUUCCAGCUCCUCGAGCAGCCCAGUGGCCUCCAGAACCAUCCUGACACCGUGGAUGACCUUUUCCGCCUCGCAGCCAGGUUCAUCCAGCGCAGCCCGGUGACGCUGCUGCGCAGCCAGGUGAUGAUCCCCAUCCUGCAAUGGGCCAUCGCCGCCACCACGCUGGACCACCGCGAUGCCAACUGCAGUGUCAUGAAGUUCCUGCGUGACCUCGUGCACACCGGGGUGGCCAACGACCACGAGGAGGACUUUGAGCUGCGCACGGAGCUGAUCGCGCAGGUGCUGCGGCAGUUGGGGCAGCAGCUCGUCUCGCAGCUCCUGCACACCUGCUGCUUCUGCCUGCCACCCUACACACUGCCCGACGUGGCCGAGGUGCUCUGGGAGAUCAUGCAGAGCGACCGCGCGACCUUCUGUCGGUGGCUGGAAAACUCCCUGAAGGCGCUGCCAAAGGAGACGACAGGGGGGGCCAUCCAGGUGACGCACAAGCAGCUGACGGAUUUCCACAAGCAGGUGACGAGCGCGGAGGAAUGUAAGCAGGUCUGCUGGGCUCUGCGGGACUUCACCCGCCUAUUCCGAUAGCCUGCGCCCUGCAACCAGCACGGCGCCUGCCUCCCAGAAGACAGAAACGAAGCCACCACGAUUGGUCCCGCCGCCGUCGCCGGGGGCCGCACUCACUCAGCACAGGAGGAGCGCGCGUCCCAACACUGCGACCCCCCCCAGAAAACAAACCAACCAACCAACCCCCCCACACCAGGACUGUGCCCUCAACGAGCGCCAAAAAGAACCCAAACUUCCCUGAAACGACAUCAGAAGAACCCAGG